AUGGCAGCCAAUGAGAAUACUUGCGUGAAGAAAAGAGACCGCAGUAACGAGAACUUUAAGAAGAAAUGGAGCACACUUAAGAAUAACGGCCUCAAUAUAUACCAGAUUUAUAACGCUGAAGUAUAUAUUUGUAUACGCCGUAAAGGCAAAAAGUAUGAGUUUAAGUCUACUGAUAGGGCAUUGCCUCUAUCUGAGCAGGAAAAGAAUGAAAGCUUUCCAUUACCUGUGCUAGCGACAGCCGCAGAUGUUGCACGCCAGAGGGGCAAUCAAAGUUCAGUGAAGGGACGACAUAGUCCAGAGAGGCCGGUGCUAAUAGGAACCCAUUAUCAGGGCCCGGAGGAGGCUCCGUAG